AUGCACUAUUCCAGAUGCCCUAGCUACGUGAAGUUUCUCAAAGAUAUUAUAUCAAACAAACGCAAGCUGGAGGACCAUGAGACGGUAAUGCUUACGGAGCAAUCAUUGUGUGAUCUCGGUGCGAGCAUUAACUUGAUACUACUCUCUAUUUUGAGGAAACUAUUAUUGGGAGAGCCUAAGGCAACCACAGUAACUCUACAUCUAGCUGAUCGAUCACUUACACAUCCACGAGGAAUUAUUGAAGAUGUAUUGGUCAAAGUGGAUAAACUUAUAUUCCCAGCAAACUUCUUGAUUUUGGAUAUGGAAGAAGACAAGGACGUGCCCAUCAUAUUGGGACGACCAUUUUUAGAUAUUGCAAGAGCCCUCAUAGAUGUGCAGCAAGGACAAUUAACUCUGAGGCUAGGGGAGGAACAAGUCUCUUUUAAUGUUUUCAACGCAAUGAAAUACCCCAAACAUUCGUGA